CGGCUCUCUCUCUAUGAAACACUGGUCAGUGCAAAGCAAAAGCCUUGAUUUGCAGAGAGAAGUAUCGAGAGACAGAGAUGAGCAUUCGACCGUUGGAUUCACUACCACCAACAGAAACCCUAGAGAUAGAGAACGGCCUCUCGCUCGUCCCGCGCGUGAGGCUCGACCUCACGGUCUACCCGGCGAGCCCCUCCGUGACGAAGCCCAUCGACGAAUGGAAGCUCAAGCGAACCCUAAUCGACUUCCUCAAGAACUCGCUCUUCGUUCCCGAGGAGGACCUCCGGAUCCGGCGGGUCAAGGACCUCAAGAACCGCAAGCGCGACGAUCCUCUCGCGCUCGGCACGCUCUUCAUUCGCGACCUGGGCUCCCUCGCGGGGACCAAAGGGGAGAAGAACGACGGAGAGGACGCGAAGAAGGCCUUGGAGGAGUUCUUUGAUUGGCGAAGGCGCAUUGUCGAGAAAAUGGAUGGAAUUGAGCUCAACAUCGAGGGGUUGAAGUUCAGGCUAAAGGCCGCCGUUCCGGCGUCCGAUGAUUUCGACGGCAUGAAGAAGGAUUGGGAGGAGUUUUACGCUUUGAGGAAUCGAGGGUAUUCGAAGAGUGGGAGGCACGAGCCUGAUACUAUAGUGAUAAGGGGCGUUCCGUCGCGGUGGUUUGCGGAGCCUCGGGUUUCGUCGAAGCCUUCAAUGCUGGUUACUCAUACAAUCUUUUCAACAUUUGGAAGAAUAAGGAAUCUUAAUGUGGCUGAGGACGAUUAUCUAGGUAAGGAUGCCGACGAGGAUGGCGCAGACAUAAUUUCGGGGCUGCACUGUAAGAUUGUGGUUCAAUUUGAGAAAUUCUGGGACUUCUAUAAUACUCUAAAAGUAUUAUGUUGCCGGUCAUUGCAGAAGCAAGGAUCGAGAUUGUGGGCCGAUUUUGAGGUUACUUGGGACAGGGAUGGAUUUUUCCGAAAUACACCAAGUCAAAUUCAGAAAAGAAGUGGGAGAGAAAUGGCACCUGCACAUUAUAGAAGUGAAGCGCCGAGGCGACAACAACACAUCUCACGUUUAAGUUCUGAUGAUAUGCCUCGAAAGAGGUUUAAGGAAUAGAGAAUAUCUGAAAAAUCUGGAAGAUCUUUCAGCACAAGUUCACGAGUAGCUCAGCAUGUCACAACCAAGACCUUGGUCUUUUACUCUUUAGAUUUGAAUAUGUACAAUUAGCUCAUUGCAUUGCAGCGUGUAAUAGCUGAAUGCUUGGCCUGGUAUAUUUUACGCACAAUAUCUUCAUAAUGGUGGUGAUUUGAUCAUUAAUCA